CCCACCUUCAUUGAACCACGUCAGUCGGUAAUUGCUCGCCGUGGUGUUCAGCCAAACAAAGUACUUGGUGUCCGUCCUCCUUUGACCUUCCUUUCGCGAUCUCCCUCCAUGUACAACACCAUGAAUGGUCAUGUUCCCCAAGUUAGUGCACCUAAUUGGUCUAAUAUCACCAAGACAUUAAAACGUCGAAGUAAAUCGGCCUGGAAUCUCAAAGUGAAAUCGCCCAUCAAGUCUCAACUCUCGUUUUCCAAUCACAAUUUGGGAAAUCCGGUUGCUCAAAUAAGUGGCGCUAUUCACACCGACAAUAAGGCCUCCGGACAUAACCUUCAGUGGACUAAAGCCAUGAUUUCCAAACCUGCCCCUUACUGGGAAGGCACUGCCGUGGCCAAUGGCGAGAUGUCUGAGCUGAAGUUGACCGAUUUCAAGGGAAAAUACCUCGUGUUCUUCUUCUACCCUCUGGAUUUCACAUUCGUGUGCCCUACCGAGAUCCUGGCUUUCAACGACCGUGUCAAAGAAUUCCGAGCUCUCAAUACCGAGGUCGUGGCCUGCUCGGUGGAUUCUCACUUUACACAUCUGGCUUGGAUGAACACCCCUCGUAAGGAAGGUGGUUUAGGAAAGCUGGACAUUCCUUUGCUCUCUGAUUUGACGCACACCAUUUCCAAGGAUUAUGGCGUCUACCUCGAGGACAACGGCCACACUCUCCGUGGGUUGUUCAUCAUCGACGAUAAGGGCGUGCUACGACAAAUUACCAUGAAUGAUCUCCCUGUGGGUCGAUCCGUGGAUGAAACGCUUCGAUUGGUGCAAGCAUUCCAAUACACAGAUAAGCACGGCGAGGUCUGUCCCGCGGGCUGGAAACCAGGCAGUGAUACCAUCAUUCCGGACCCCAAGGAGAAGAUGAAGUAUUUCAAGGAUCAUGGCGAGGAAUAAGCAUCAAAAUGAGCGAGACCUUGAUCACCUGUGGUGUGGUUUCGGUAAAACCUGAUGCAUUUUAUUAUUUGGCCUAAUCAUGAUGAUUGCUUGUCUUUCCCAACCUGCUCAAAGGAAUCUAAUGAGAAGCGAUUAAAUAUCACAAAAGAG